CGAAUCAAUUUAAUUUAAAUUAAUUUUUUUAUCGAUAUAUCACAAAAUGCAAAUAAUAGUAUCGAAAGAAAUUAUCAAGCCGUCGUCUCCGACGCCCCCUCACCUCUACAACCUCAACCUCGGCUACAUCGAUCAGCUCCACCGCUCCAACUACAUCCCCCUCAUCUUCUUCUACAACUCCGCCGCCGCCGACGGCAGCCGUCCCCAAAUUUCGCGCCAUCUCAAGGAAUCCCUCUCCAAGGCGCUCACCGCCUUCUACCCUCUCGCCGGAACCGUCUCCGACGACGGCUCCCUCGCCCACUGCAACGACGCCGGCGCCGAGUUCGUCGAAGCCCGAGUCGACGCGCCGCUCGACAUCGCCGCCGUGCAAGAACACCAAAUCGAAGAUUUGAAUAAAUACCUUCCCAUGGAUCCCAACCACAGCGAAGGAACGGCGCUCGCCGCCGCCAAAGUCACUUUCUUUGACGGCGGCGGCGUCGCCGUCGGCGUCUGCGUCUCCCAUCGGAUAGCCGACGGCGGAUCUGCGGUGGCGUUCAUCAACGCCUGGGCGGCGAUUUCCCGCGGCCAGGAGAAUAAUUUCCCGCGCCUGGAUUUCAACAUCGCGGACUUCUUCCCCUCCCGGCCGGACCUCCCCGACCACCGCCACCACUUCUUGUCGUUGGCCGACAAAACCUGCGCCGCCAAAAGAUUCGUUUUCGACGAGGAGAUGCUGUCGGCUCUGAAACGGGCGGCGGCGUCGCCGGCGGUGGCGAAUCCGAGCAGAGUAGAGGCCGUCUCGGCGUUCAUCUGGAAGCACUUCAUCGGAAUGUCUAAACCGCCCGGUUCGCCGCCGCCGCCGUGCGUUUUUCCGGCGCUGCAGGCGGUGAGUCUGCGGAGAAGGACGCAGCCGCCGCUGUCGCUGGAGAACGUGUUCGGCAACUGCUACAUGCUGUCGUUGGGUCUGUACGAAACGGAUUUUCCCGGCGACAGCGACGGCGAGCUUUACCGGUCGCUGGCGGCGGUGCUGAGGGGGGCGGUGAAGAAAAUCAGCCAUGAGUACAUCGAGAAAGCGCGGCGGGGAGAUAAUUACGUGGCGGAUCUUCCUCAGUUUUAUGGAAUCGAUUCGAAGGGGAAGGAGACGAUGGAGGCGGCGGUGUUCAGCAGCUGGAGCGGGUUUCCGGUGUACGAGGUUGAUUACGGGUGGGGCCCGCCGGAGUGGGUGUGCACGACGGCGUCGCCGGUGAAGAAUACGACGAUAUUGAUGAGCACGAAAUGCGGCAAGUGCAUAGAAGCUUGUGUGAUCAUGGAGAAGGAGAAGCUGCAGAUUCUUGAUGCCCAGAUCAAACUCAUUUCCACCGCUGUUACACUUACUUCUUCUUAGAGUGAGAGGCUGUAACUGUGUCAAACUGUGGGAGAGAGAAAGAUCCAUCCACGGGUAUUAUUACUGUUAUUAUUGUUAUCAUGAAUGAAUAUGGAGUAUAAUAUUUUAAAUUCA